AUGAGGUUUUCAAGAGUGCUCGCGCUCCCUCUGUUCGGCGCUCUUGCCGCUGCCGAACAAGUCCUACAAACCACAUCUCUGAACACCUGCCAGGCCAGCAGUAAAUUUUCGGCGACUAAAUUCGAUGUUGUCUUUACGCCAGUAAACAACAGUGUCUCAGUUAAUAUGGUGGCAACUUCAUCGAUCCAGGACAAUGUCAUAUUCGAUUUUGCGGUCUCAGCUUACGGCUACCAAAUCAUCCGACAAACCGUCAACCCAUGCGACACAAGUCUGGCUGGCUUCUGUCCCAUGCAGCCCGGCGACACUGAUGUCCCAUUUAUCCUGACCGUUAGCGAGAGUGCGACGAAACAAAUCCCCUCCUUGGCCUAUACCUUCCCGGAUCUGGAUGCUACCGUCAGGGUCUUCAUUAAUUCCACCAGCUCGCCUGGCACAAGCUUGGCCUGUCUGGAAGCCCGCAUCUCCAACUCAAAGACUGUCGACCUCGAUGGAGUCAAGUGGGCCUCUGCCCUUGUUAUCGGUCUUUUGCUCGUCUCGAGUGCCAUCAUCAGUGGUCUGGGACAUGCAAAUGCUGCCUCGCAUAUUGCAGCCAAUGCCGUUUCUCUAUGUGGUUACUUCCAGGCUCAGGCUAUUAUUGGCUUGACUGGCGUGUCAUUGCCGCCUUCAGUCCAGGCCUGGACCCAAGACUUUCAAUGGAGUAUUGGUAUCAUUAGAGUCUCGUUCUUGCAAAAGAUCUUCACCUGGUAUCAGAGAGCGACUGGAGGCACCCCCUCGCAGCUCUUUACUACACUCGAGACCAUUUCAGUUCAGGUUAGCAAGCGAUCGCUUCAACCGGCCCUCGGUCUCGCAAAACGUGCUCUUGCCAUGAUGCCCGAACAUGUUACAAAUAUUAUGAAAAGAGGAAAUGUCAAGAACGACUCCGGAAGCUACGUCGUUACCGGCAUUCAGCGCGUAGCCUACAGAGCCGAGAUUGAGUCGACCAACCUCUUCCUCACUGGUUUCUUUUUCUUUUGCCUUGCUCUGGUCUUCACAGCCAUUGUCGUGGCUCUUGCAAAGGGAAUCUGUGACCUGGCAGUCAAGUUGAGGUGGGUCAAGAAUGACAGAUUCACCGAAUUCCGCAGCGGCUGGCGUCUCCUGCUCAAGGGCGUACUUUACCGCAUCACCAUGAUGGGGUACCCAGCCAUUACUAUUCUCUGCCUUUGGGAGUUUACACAAAAUGACUCCCCAGCAGAAAUGGUGCUGGCUGUCUUCUUCCUUCUUUACAGCACCCUUGCACUUGCAUGGGCCGGAUGGAAAGUGAUUCAGAUUGCACGCCGAUCUGUUCAUCUCCACAGAACGCCAGCAUAUGUUCUAUUCUCUGACCCACGCGCCCUCAACAAGUGGGGUUUUCUCUAUAUUCAGUUCCGGGCGUCGGCGUACUACUUUAUUCUCCCCAUCAUUGCAUACCACUUUGUCAAGGCUCUGUUCAUUGGUCUAGGCCAACAUGCUGGCAUCGCUCAGGCGAUUGGUUUGAUUAUCAUUGAGGCAGGUGUCUUGAUUGCUGCUAGUGUCAUGCGCCCAUGGAUGGACAAGAAGCUCAACAGUUUCAACAUUACAAUUGCCGUCGUCAACUUUUUGAACGCAAUCUGUCUUCUCAUCUUCACAGACAUCUUUGAUCAGCCGGCACUCGUCAAUGGCGUGGUAGGAGUUGUUCUGUGGCUUCUGAAUGCCAUCACGACACUGGUGCUUUUGAUAUUCUGCAUCAUCACCACGGCAAUCGUCUUCUUCCGCGAGAAUCCCGAUGGACGGUACCAAUUCAUGAGUGACGAGCGAGCAUCCUUCAUGAAGUCUAGUCACUCCUUGUCAGCAACAGAUCAACUCGAUGCUCUCGCGAGUACGGCACGUGGAGAGAAGAAUCAAAGAUUGGAUCUCGAUGAGGGCGAGGAUGGGCCAGAAAUGGCUCACUCUCUCCACCGCCGCCCAGAAUCACUGCGACCUUCAACUGCUGGCUCAAGUUCAUGGAGAGGCUCGCGUUCGCGCAUUGAUUCGGCUGCGUUCGGUGCCUCCACCGAGCCUCUUCGCCAUAGCCCCCUUCACUCUGGCAGUGGGCGAGACUCGCCGGCCAAACAAGGGGGAAUCAACCCACUUCCAACUGUCGGAGACGCAGCUCCGCCAUCACCGGCUAUGCGCAGCCAGCACAGUCCAAGCCCCUGGCAAAGGGGUGCCGGUUACGACCAUACCUCAUGA